GCUGGAGGAGGCAUAGAAGGCACCUGAAAUAUACUUAAGACACUGCAGUUCCAGGGCAAAGGUGCAGCCAGGAUGGAAACUAUCUCUGUUUUCCUUCUGCUGGCAGUGGGUAAGUAGGAGACUCCGAAGCCAGCUCUUUGCUUUGGACUGUUUUUUCCAUUAAUGGCAGAUCAAGCCUCAUCUUAUUGUAAAAGUAGGUUCAGUUUUGGGUUGACUUGACCUGUCAGCAGUCUACUACAGCUACCUUCACAAUGUGUGGGGGAAUAUUAAAAGCUUGUUGUUUCAUUCAAUGUUUGUGCCGUGCUUUUCAGUUAAAAAUAGAAAAGGUGACUUAUAAUUAUCAAUUUAUUUUGAGAAGAACAAUUUUACAAAAAGGAACUGCAGCAAUUGUGGAAGUGGCUGGGGGUGGGGUAGGGAUAUUGUACAAAAUCAGGAGUACAGAAACCAAGUUGUGAGGGACUUUUUCAGCCCGGUGGGCCAAUUUCUUAGCUCCCCUGCUCCUGGUGGGCCACUUUGAUAGGUGGAAUGCAUGGCAGACACCUAAGGUCACCAAAAUGUCCAGUGAGACAUUUCUUCCUUGGCAGUGUGGUGGAGCAGUUGAUCCCAGUGGGUCUCGACGACCCAGUGGGUCUAGAAGCUGGCACUAAGUUCAAGCCAUGCUUUUUGGCAGGGAUCAUCUCCACUCCAGAGCUCUGAUCAGAAGCUCCCGAGUGUGGAAUCAAUCCCAGUUGGCCUUGCAAUUGGAGCCAGACUUAAAAGGACUUGAAUACAAGCCCUGCUUUUCAUGGAACUAUUGGGAACACAUUUCAAGUCUCCUGGUUGUUCUUUCCUAUCUGGAUCUUUACUUGCCCCACCCGCAGGGGGCCAAGGUGUCUUUAGCCUCCUUAAAAUCUCUGGGCAAGGGGCUGGGCCUUCUCAAUGUCUGUCAGCCUUCCUGACUACUGACUUUCUCCACAAGCCCAGAGCACCAGUGCCGGAUGGAAAGGCAUGUUGUGCUCAUCAGCAGGAUUGAGCCAAGGCGCUGGACUUUCGGCACUCUGGUGUGAUCCUGCUGACGAGCCCAUAUAGUUUUGUGUCUCAGAUCAAAUCAUUUGAUAAAGGUAGGUCUUCUUUAAACCCUGUGAAGGAUGGGGCUCUGCUUAUCAUUUCAUUUUAUAGAAUCAUAGAAUUGAACCAUUGGAAGGGACUGCAAGGGUCACCAGCUCCCUGCAACACAGGACUCUUUUUGCCCAAUGUGGGGCUCAGAUUUACAAUCCCGAGAUUAACAGUCUCAUGCUGUACGGACUGAGCUAUCCCUUCCAAUACAACAUCCCCAAAAGGUUUAACCACAAAAACAUCAUCAAUAAUAAAUAUAUAUAUAAACACUAUUUCAAAACCGUGGUAAGAAUUUACAGGUACAUUCUUACCACAAAAUUAAGACAGGGUAGAAAUAGUCAUUGAAAAAUCUUGCUGGCUGGGAAAGGGUCGAAAAGAUAAUUAACAACAGUAUCUGAUGGGAGUUCCAAUAGGUAGGUGAAACUGCACUAAAGACCAAUUCCUAACUAUUAUGGAAUGGGCUUCCUGGUGAGAUAAUAUUUGCAAAGGCCCUCUCCUGCAAAGUACAGAGGCCAGUUUGGGUAUAUAAGGCGUGAGGCAAUGUUUUAGGUAUCUGAAUCAUAUGUCCCACAGUUGCGAAGUACACUGAAAAUGUUCUCUUGCCAGCCAUGGUAGCUUGGACUUCACUGAUUUGUUACAGGGUAUACGUGUGGCUAGAUGGCUGCGUUGUCUUCUGGCAAGCCUUGGAUGAGAUAGCAUAUUCAGUAGUGGGGGCAUCAAUCUUAUUGCUACUGUUUACCAGCAGAGAGAGGAAGAGGAGGAACCAGGGGGCAGAAAGGUCAGGGUGGUGGAAAUGCACCAGCAGAUGCACAGUACAAUCUAGAUAGCAUUGGGGCUCUCUCUCUCUCUCUCUCUCUCUCUCUCUCUCUCUCUCUCUCUCUUGCUGCCACAUCACCCUGUUGACUUAGUUUGUGGUCAACUAAGACCCCCUAGAUCAAAUCUCGAUUUGAAACUCAAUGGAACACUUCUGGAAUCUGCAUUAAAAACUCUUGUCUCUCCCUGUGUAUGCCUGUAAACAUGAAACAGAUCUGAUGGCUUCUCUCUUGCUGCUCUUUAGGGUCAACCCUGACCUCUCCAACCGAUGCCUCCAAAGGUAAGAUCUACUUGACUGGUGGGCCUGAAUUUGGGCUGAGGAUUUGCCUUGAACAAAUGAAUGGCAGUGCACUUAUAAAACAUUCAGGCAUUACUCCACCAAACAUUGCAAGCAUGUGUGGUGGAGGAUUCCAGGCACCUUAAGACCUCCACCCCCACUGAUUCCACCCCCAAUUCCCAUGUUCACUGGGAAGGUUUGAAGGAGAAUUUUGCAGGCUUCCUGAUCCUGGGGGAUAUCCUAAGCGUUUUCUUAUAAAGGACACAUUCAGGCUGUAUACAUGCCAUAUGUUAAAGCACAUGGUUUCCCCCAAAGAAUCCUGGGAAGGGCAGUUCACCCCCUUGCAGGGCUAGUUCCCAGCACCCUUAACAAACCAUAGUUCCCAAGAUCCUUUGGGUGACGUUUGUGCGCUUUAUGCAGCCUCAGACCCAGAUAGAGGGAGGAGAGGCUGGCCAAACACAUAGCCCUCCCUCCUCCCCAGGGGGCCUUCUGUAAAAUGAGUUGCUGGCUUGGGCUCUAACAAGAUGCUCCCUUCUCCUCUAGAAUCAUUGAUGUACCCUUAUGGGACUGCACAGGGUGACACAAAGAACCCCAAGUCAGAUGAUGGGACAUCUACAAAGAUCAUCACUGCAGUGCCCUUCAGCUUCUAUGGCAAAAAGUACAGCUCACUCUACGUACGUAAUGCCUGACCAAAGCCCCAGUCUACAUGUUUCUUGACUAGAAGGGCAGGUGGUACAGAACACUGCUCACCUGUCAUUGAGAUCUAGCAGGCUGCCUUGUACUGUCCCAUCUUCAGUCUUGCUAUCUAAUCUAGUUGUCCAUCUGUGCAUCCAUCCAUUGAUGGUUCCAGGUUUCAAGGAACCUUCGGCAAGGUUCUACCUCCUCACCAUCACUGUUGCCACCUACUGAUUCUCCUCAUUUCUGAGGUCAGUGUUGGCAGGUGUUCAAUCACACCAACAAGGGGUGCCAACUUGAAUAAAAUAUUGGGGGGGGGAGUAAGCCCCAUCCUGCAUGAUAAAUCACAUGAUGUCACAUACACACACACACCAUUUGAAUGGCAAUGUCCAUCAACUUUGGGGGACGCGGGUGGCGCUGUGGGUAAAACCUCAGUGCCUAGGACUUGCCGAUCGUAUGGUCAGCGGUUCAAAUCCCCGCGGCGGGGUGAGCUCCCGUCUUUCGGUCCCAGCUCCUGCCCACCUAGCAGUUCGAAAGCACCCCUAAGUGCAAGUAGAUAAAUAGGUACCGCUUUAUAGCAGGAAGGUAAACGGCAUUUCUGUGUGCUGCGCUGGUGCUGGCUCGCCAGAGCAGCUUCGUCACGCUGGCCACGUGACCCGGAAGUGUCUCUGGACAGCGCUGGCCCUCGACCUCUUAAGUGAGAUGGGCGCACAACCCUAGAGUCGGACAUGACUGGCCCGCACUGGCAGGGGUACCUUUACCUUUACCUAAGCCCCUCAAAUAUUUUAAUGGGGGGCUGAAGGGACCUCAGCUUCUAGGAGUUGGCUCCUAUGACGCCAACCCUAUAUCUCUCAGUCUACCUACCUGCUGUCAUUCACACCUGUAUCUCUCUCCUUUCUUCAGGUCAACAACAACGGGGUGGUCUCCUUUGGUGUGAAUGUCUCACAGUACACACCCGACCCUUUCCCGCUGGAUUUAGGGUCACCCUUUGUCGCCCCCUAUUGGGGGGACGUUGACAAUACUAGAGGUGGGGAUGUCCUCUGGAGACAGACUCAGGACUCUGCAGUGCUUAGCCGCUGUACCGCAGACAUCAACCAGUACUUCCCAGAGAUGUCUUUCACGGCUGUCUGGGCCUUGGUUGCUACCUGGGACCGUGUUGCCUACUUUGGAAGUGCUUCAAAAAAGGUAGGCCUCUCCCUGACCUAUAGUAGCCAGCUGCAGGAGAUGAUAGGGCCCUGGGUGGCGCAGAAAAGGGACUUUCAGCAGAUGAAACUUACAAGGGCAACACUUGCCAAAAAUGCCUCUACUCUCCCUGACCACUCAGCAUUGUCCCACCACUAUCCCUCUGACCCUUUUCGCCUUGGGGGUUCCCCAUCUGGUGCCUCCCACCAUUCCUCUACAUCCAGCCAGUCCAUGACACAGCCACACAAAAGUCAGAGGUUUGUAACGUUCAGUCCCCGGGUCUGAGGUUCCUCCCCUGCCCUAACCCUUAAUAUGCAAUGUGAAAAUGUGGUAACAAGAGGAACGGAUGGGGAACCUGUUGUUGGACUCCAGCCACCAUCAUCUACAACCAGUGUGGUCAAUGGGGCGGCAACAUCUGGAAAACCGCAGGUUCCUCUGUCCCUAAUCUACCGGUAGAUGAUUUCCCUAUCACUCUUGAUGAAGAAGACUUCCCCAUGUAGCCCUCCUACUUUGUGUGCCCCAGAGACAGAGCUGCAUCUCUUUGUGCUGUCCUUAGCUCCACAGUCCAAUGUCUCUUUUCUUUCUGCUGCAGACCAACACUUUCCAGGCUGUCUUGACCACCAAUAACGAAAUCGCUUUCAUCAUUUUGAAUUAUGUCGACAUCCAGUGGACAACCGGGAUAGCAAGCGGUGGGCAUCCCAGGACAGGCCUUGGGGGAACCCCUGCACAGGUAUUUGAUCUGAAUAGGAACACUGAGGGAAUCUGACCUUUGCAGAUUCCGAUAUGAAACUGACCUGGUCUCUGACCUCCCAGACCAACAUGUGGGUCAGAACAUCCUUUGGGUUUCAUGCUUCUCCAGAGCUUUUGGCCAAAACCAAAAGUAUCAAAAUACAGUGGUACCUCGGGUUAAGAACUUAAUUGGUUCCGGAGGUCCGUUCUUAAUCUGAAACUGUUUUUAACCUGAAGCACCACUUUAGCUAAUGGGGGCGCCUGCUGACGCUACACAAUUUCUGUUCUCAUCCUGAAGCAAAGUUCUUAACCCAAGGUGCUAUUUCUGGGUUAGCGGAGUCUGUAACCUGAAGUGUCUGUAACCCGAGGUACCACUGUAUAUGUUUUAAAUGGAGAUUAAAACAAAACAAAACCACAUUUGUUUUGUGAGAAAAGGUGUUUGGGAUACUCAUUAUGGGUUGUAUCCAAUGUUCUCUGUCUGCACAAGCAGGUGGGCAAGUUUUCAUUCUCUGCAAUGAAGGACUCUGCAACACAAGGGAGAACUCCAGUGAAACAGUUGCGUUAGUGAGAACUUGUUGCUCAAUAAAACUACCAGCAACUUGCUUCUGUGUUCUCUUGUGCAACAACUUCCCGCUGCUGCAGAAUAUUUUGCCAGGGGAACAAGUAUACAGCCAAGUGACUUUGACUUGGAUACAACCCUUAAGUAUUAAUGGGGGGGACAGUUCCCCCCCCUUUUUCUUAAUGGACAGAUUAAGAGCUCAUCCGCAUUCCUGCUUCUCCCAUGCCUAGGAAGCAUGGGUCUGAGCUGUUUUCUGCUUAUCUCACAUUUUCUAGGCAUGCGUCCAAGUGGUAGUGCCUUUGCCCCAAAGCUUCCCCCCCAACCCCCCCCCCCUGUAUUUAGCACUAAAUCAGAACAAACACCAAUCCAUGGGAAACCUGCCAUUUGUUCCAAUUCAGAAGUGGAGUAAAUGGAGGUGUGGCUAAGCCCUUAGCGUUUAACUUUAGAAUCAUAGAAUUGUAGAGUUGGAAGGGACCCAACUCCCUGCAAAGGAUGCUUCGCCAUGAUAUCCAGAUAUGCUUUGUAUGCAUCUGAGCCGAUUCUGCUCUUAAGCAGGCCUGGCUUUGUAAGUGAUCAGAUGGGAGAAACCACCUGCAGAUGAUGGGUAUAAGCUGCCUUGCUGAAAUCAGAAACAGCAGGCUAUCCAUGUACAGAGUUAAACUGCCAUGUGAACAGUCCAACAGAUCAAUAUUUCCAUCCUGAGUGAUUUCAUGAAUGUUGAAAUUGUACUGUAAAGUGCAAUGCAUAACCUACAGCAGCUUUCCGCCAACUUGGUGUCCUCCGCAUGCCACUAGACUACAGCUCCCAUCAUCCCUGAUCACUGGCCAUGUGGCCUGGGGCUGAUGGGAGUUGCGAUCCAAAAGCAGCUGGAGGGCACCAGGUUAAGGAAGGCUGUCUUAAAAUACUAUCUGAAUGUCAGCCCAUUAACUCACUAACUGGAAAGAAAUUGGAGGUGUUAUUGUAUUUUUGUUCCAGUUAUAUCAGCAGUUAUGGCAAAGAUUGGCCCAGCACUAAUUGCUGAUAUCUGGAGAGCGGGUCCUGGAUUUUCAUUGUGAUGGGUUUUUUGGCAAGGGAGGGGUCUCUACUGCCAGGGCUUUACUUUUCCUGUGCUAAGUCCAAUAACUAUUUUGCACCCCAAAUGCGGUGGCAAUGAACUUGGAUUCCACAACCCAAAUUUAAUUACGCAGAAUGAGGGAAAUUGCAUGCUCUUCUUAUCGAUGAAUGGGACACGGGUGGCGCUGUGAGUUAAACCAUGGAGCCUAGGACUUGCCGAUCACAAGGUUGGCAGUUCAAAUCCCUGCAACAGGGUGAGCUCCUGUUGCUCGGUCCCUGCUCCUGCCAACCUAGCAGUUUGAAAGCACGUCAAAGUGCAAGUAGAUAAAUAGGUACCACUCCAGCGGGAAGGUAAAUGGCAUUUCCAUGCGCUGCUCUGGAUCUCCAGAAGCAGCUUAGUCAUGCUGGCCACAUGACCCGGAAGCUCCCUUGGCCAAUAAAGCGAGAUGAGCGCCGCAACCCCAGAGUCAGUCACAACUGGACCUAAUGGUCAGGGGUCCCUUUACCUUUACCUUAUCCAUGAAUUUAUUCUGAAGGUUUUGCUUUUUCAUUUAUUCUGCUUCUGCAACUCGAAGGAGGAACAAGGAACAAGGGCAUGGCAUUUCUGACCUCUGAUCGCUGGAAAUCUGAUUCAUUAAUGCUUCUAGCUUCUGAAAUGUGCAAAGCUUUGCUUGAACAAUUUCAGGAAGCAGGCAUCGAACAAUAAGGGAAGUUGAGGGUUUGCUUGUGGUGUUUCUAUGUUUUCUAAAUGAAAGCUGAAAUUCUCAGUAACCGAAUUCUGCAGCUAGUUCCAUAUUCCUGUGGCUAUAACGUGCUUUAGGGCUAUUUCACAGCAACCACACAAUCACAUCUGGCUAUUGCUAAAUCAGCUUUCAGUUGCCAGUGCAAAAACAAACAAACCUAAAAACCCACUCUUGAAGAUUCUGCUGCAGUUAUCCCGCUGUCAUACAGAUAUUUGCCCUGAUCUGGAGCCUGGGUGGUUGUUAUUUACAGAUAUGUCCUGCCCUUCUUCCAAACUGCUCAACAUGACAUUCCAGAUUCUCUAUCCCUGUUUGAGGCAGUGAUGGCCACCAGCUUUGAUGGCUUUCAAAGAGUGUCUAAUCCUCACUCUUUUGAGGACCUCUCAAUAAUUGUUAAAAAAAAUUCAGGGGGCGAGGGAGGCCAGUCGUGUCUCCUCCUCCUUCUCCUUUUUUAAAAGAAAUUUUAUUUUUCAAUUUCUGAAAUUGUUAACAAUUAUACAAUCAUACAAAUUAAAUAAGUUUUCCAAUAAAAACACAUCGUUUGACUUCCCUCCCCACUCCUUCUGUGGUUUCUUAUGCUUUAAUUUUCAUUACUGCACCUCCCAAUUGUUGUUGUUGUUGUUUAGUCGUUUAGUCGUGUCCGACUCUUCGUGACCGCAUGGACCAGAGCAUGCCAGAGUCUUCCACUGCCUCCCACAGUUUAGUCAAACUCAUGCUGGUGGCAUGCACCUCCCAAUUAAUUCUAUUGAUUCUACUCCCUGUGUUUUCCUUAACAAAUACAUCCACCCCCAUUGUUCUGACCGGACACUGAGGUCCAGUGCCAAGGGCUUUCUGACGGUUCCCUCACUAUGAGAAGCCAAAUUACAGGGAACCAGGCAGAGGGCCUUCUUGGUUGUGGCACCCGCCCUGUGGAACGCCCUCCCACCAGAUGUAAAGAGAAAAACAACUAUCAGACUUUUUAAAGGCAUCUGAAGGCAGCCCUGUUUAGGGAAGCUUUUAAUAUUUAAUAGGUCAUUGUAUUUUAAUAUUCUGUUGCAAACCGUCCAGAGUAGCUGGGGAAACCCAGCCAGAUGGGCGGGGUAUAAAUAAUAAAUUAUUAUUAUAUAUUAUUAUUAUUUAACAGUUGUUUUAGAUUAAUCCUGCUAAUGAGCUUUGUUGUUUACAAAGGUUUUACAGAUAGUCCAUGAAUCUUCCCCAUUCUUUAUUAAAAGUUGUUUCUCCGUGGUUUCCUAUUCUUCCAGUAAAUUUUGUCAUUUCAGCAUAAUCCAUUAAUUUAAUCUGCCACUCCUCUUUGGUUGGGACUCUUCUCCUCCUGCUGCUGCGGAGGAGGAGGAGAAGAAGGGGGGAAGCAGACCCCAGCCAGUGGCGGCAGUCGGAAGAGGAGGAGGAGGAGGCUGAGCACCAGAGAGGAGGAGCCACUGGCCAAUGAGGCCGCACUGCUGCCACAUUCGGCUCCACCUCCUAGCUCCUCCCAACAUCCUGACAUCACAUGCAUGCGUCAUCGCCCCCCUCCAAAUCUCCUUCACAAGUUGGGCUCUGAUGGAGAGCAAAGCCAUCAGCAACUCUCCUAAGCCUGAUGGCUAUUUUCUACCUCCACUUCAUGCUUCCAAAGACCAGUUUGUGGGAACUGCAGGUGCUGUGUGCUGAGGACCUGCUUGCUGGCUUCCCAUAGACAUCUGGUUGGCCAGUGUGAUAACAUUUUGCUGGACUUGAUGAGCCACUGACCUUACAUUCUUAUGCAUACGGGUAGUACAUCUGAGCCGUGAGGCGGGAAAAAGGCAGCGGCAGGGGUUAACAGUUUAAAAUAUAUAUAUACAUUUGGUUUUUCAACUUAAAAUUUUACAAAAAUAUAUCAAACAUAAAAACAAGAUUCCAAGGAAUCUCCUGGACUUCCAUCCUCCCCUUGGUGGGUCCUAUUAUUAAUCCUUUCCUCCCAUAUCUUUUAUGAUAAGCCAAAUCUUUUACCUCUCCAUUAUGUGCAGCAUUCAACCUUAAACUACAAGUGAUAUUCCAAUCCUACUAACGACUUUAACUGUUUACAAUGGUCUUUAAGAUAAGUUAUAAAUUUUCCCAAUUUUUUAUUGAAAUUUUCGUCUUCCUGAUUUCUGACUCUUCCAGUCAUUUUAGCCAUUUCAGCAUAGUCCAUUAACUUCAUCUACCAUUCUUCUCUGGUAGGAACUUUAUCUUCUUUCCAUCUCUGGGCCAGUAACAGCCUCACAGCCAUGGCCACAUACAUAAAUAGUCUUUUCUGCUCCUUUGGGAUUUCAGCACCUAGAAUUCCUAAAAGGAAGGCUUCAGGCUUUUUAAACAAAGGUUAUUUUAAAUAUUUUUUUUAAACUCAUUAUAUACCAUUUCCCAAAAUCCUUUUGCUACCUUACAGUUCCACCACAUAUGAUAAAAGGUGCUUUCUUUUUCCUUACAUUUCCAGCAAUGUUUUAUACAUUUUUGCGAAUUUACUAGCAGUUAAAGUCCAUGUUUUAUACAUUUUUUGUGAAUUUACUAGGAGUUAAAGCCAACCAAACAUUUCCACACAUACAUGAAUAUGCAGAAAGGGAUCAAGACUGAGGAGAAUGGACACUACAUUGCUUUUCUCCUUUCUUCACUCCCUAGGCUGGAUUUGACAGUGGAGACAAGAAAAACUUUUACAACAUCCCAGCAUCACGCACCCCCAGUGUCCUCAAUAUCACACAAACCACCAACGUGCAGUUUACAGGGCGAUGGGUGUUCCAAGUGGAUGAGAUUGUGAUUGGAGACACAACGGAGAAGAGCAAAUGCUUGGAGUAAGUGCCAGCAGACCCUGUCCUUUGAGAGGGGUGGUUUUUGUUUGGAUUGUUUUAAUAAUACUUAUAUUACAUCAGGGCCUGAUUUAGGUUUGAUGAGGCCCUAAGCUACUGAAGGUAAUGGGGCCCUUUAUAUGUCCAGUUGUCCUUUGUCAACAAAUUGUCGCUGUUUUUUUGUUGUUGAAUAUAUGCUAUAUGGUAAUUUGUGGACCUAAUAGGUAUCUAAAGCCAUUUGCACAUAACAAAAUUUAUCAAAGUAAUUGUUGAACUGAAAUACAAUUAAGAAGAAGCAUUUUAAUAGUGAAAUACAAUUAAGAAGUAUGUUAACAGUGAAAUAAUUAUUAAGCUCUAACUUAAAAUUAUUUUUUUAUUCAUAACAAACUUAAUAAUGCAAACACACUGGCAUUUGGCAAUAACAAAAGUUCCUUUAGAAACUCAGUUUACAAAGACUCAUAAUCUAGUCUCUAGAAACUUGCUAUAACAUGAAAUAAUAAUAGGUGUAAAUAUAUGAUGCAAACUACUAAUAAUUAUAAAUAGCAGAAUGUAGGCACCCUAUAUAUAGAAAUGAGAAAACCAGUGACAUUUUAGGGAGCAGGCUAGCAGGCGGGGCCCAUUACUUACAUCAUAGGAGCCUACACAACACAAAACACUGUUGCUGUGUGUAGAUUUUAUUUUAUUGGGUUUUUUUAUCUUAUAUUUUGGAAAUGUACAUCCAGGUUUUUUUUCCUUUACUUUUUUGGGGGGUCCCCAAGAGAGUGGGGCCCUAAGCUAUAGCUUGUUUAGCUUAUACAUAAAUCCGGCACUGUAUUACAUUUUUAAAAAGAUCCCUACACACAUGCACUGUUCUUUAUGGACAAGGAUACUGGAAGCUGCCUCUGCUGGUGACAUGCUCAUUCUAGGCUUGUGUUUUAAUCUUUCAAGCUGUCACAAUGUUCCCUUAAUAAUGUGUGGGUGGGGAUGUGGCAGAGGCUGUUAAGAAAAAAUUAGCAAGUUGCUAAAACGGGCAGGAGUAGGGAUCUGCUUUUCAGUACAAAUGUUUCUGUCUCUUUUCACUAGAUGAGACCACCUGCUACUCAAGAGAGCCCCCUCCUCAUCCACCCGUGUCAAGACAGGAUGUACUGUACUCAAAUCUUUGCAAAGAUCCCUCUGCUGCCCCCUAUAGGCUUGGAGCCAUGGCUGAUUAUGGCGUACCAAUAAAAUGGCUGUGCUCUCGUUGCUACUCUC